AUGGAAUCAGUAACUCAAAAAAUGGAUAAAGAAUAUAGAAAUACUGAGGAUGUCCAGACAGAUCAUAUUUUAUCAAAACGUUUGAGUAAAAUUAUCCAAACUAGAAUCGAAACUGACCAGGAAGCUUUAGAUGCACUGAAGCAAUUGUCAACUUUCUAUACAGAAAACAGCUUGCAAGCUCGUAGAAACCUGAGAAGCCAGAUAGAAAAGCGAAGUUUAGACAUAAAUCAACAGUUCCUUGCUUCUUUUUCAGAAGUUAAAGAAUCAUUUGAUAUUGUUUAUAAAGAUGUUGCAGAAAUGAAUGAUUCAAUAAAGGACAUGACAAAGCGGCUCCAUAAUUCUAAAAUACAAACAAAGCAACUCUUGAAUAUUUCUAGUCAGCUACAACAAGAAAGGGAUCAUAAUAUUUCUGAACAGAAAAUCCUAGAUGCCCUUAUAGGCAGAUUCCAGCUGUCUCCAGAAGAUAUAUCAGUUUUCCAGGGAAGCAAGAAAGAAUUUCUUAUGACCAAUGAUAUAUUUGCAGUGCUUGAUAAAGUCCAAGGUAUACAUGAUGAGUGCAAAAUUUUGAUGCAAUAUGGGCUCCAGACCUUGGCAUUAGAUAUCAUGGAACAAAUGACUUUAUAUCAGGAAAGUGCUUUGGAAAAGUUAUAUAGAUGGACACAAGACCAUUGUAGAAAUGUGGAAAAUUCAGACCUUACAGAUUUGAUAACACAAGCUAUGGCCAGACUGCAAGAUAGACCUGUCCUGUUCAGGUAUGUCAUUGAUGAAUAUAAUGUUUGCCGGAGAAGUAAAGUCACUGAGGAUUUCAUCAACGCCCUGACUAGGGGAGGUCCUUCUGGUAAUCCCGCUCCAAUCGAGAUGAGGGCCCACGAUUCGCAAAUUUACGUGACUGAUAUGCUUGUGUGGCUGAACAAAGCCAUAGUCAUGGAGAAGCACAAUUUGCAAUUGUUAAUGAAACAUUGCGAUAAAGUUGAUGUAGAUAAUAUGGUGAGAGAAGCACUAACAGUAAUAUGUGAAGGACUUUGUCAGCCAUUGAAGAUGAGGGUGGAAAAAAUUUUGAAUGUACCCUCUCAGGCUCCCGUUCUUUAUUCCAUUGUGAAUUUAUUGAGGUACUAUAGAAAGUGCAUUAGUAAGGUUGUGAAUGAAGGUCUGGUGCGAGAGACUCUGGCCAACCUGCAAAGCCUUUGCGAAAACAACUUUUUUGGGACGUUGCAGCAACAAGUGGCCAAUAAAUUGGUGAAAGUUGAAGCACCGCCUAGAGACCUAUCACCAACUUUAGCUGUCACCAAUUUAUUGGCAGUUCUGAGAGACAUGUUAUCGACGGCGAAUAUGAGUGAAGGACGAGAGGAAGAUAUGGCCAAGAUAACCACCUGCAUCAUGGAUCCCCUGCUGAGGGCGGUGAACGAGCAAGCGGCCCGCCUUCCCCCCACCGAUAUGGCCGUCUACAUGCUGAACUGUAUCUACGAGAUCUACACGUGCCUCGAGCUGUUCGAGUUCAUGGAGGAGCGCCUGGAAAGACUGGCGGCACAGUCCGAUGCGCAAAUCGACACGCUCACUUCCGAACAGGUCAGUUCGUUGGUGGCCAAUUUGAACGUAGGGCCGAUUUACACGAUCCUGCAGGAACGCAAUCAUGGGCCGCUGUCAGAGUUGCCCGGCAUGGAACCCAGCAACUUGAGAAGUUUUUUGGAGAAAAUGUGCCAUCUGACCACGCAUCCCGACGCCUUGCUGCUGCAGCAAACCAACCUGCUCAGCUCCUCCAAGCACAAGCGAGUGGUGCAGAAACGCGCCUUCGAAGUGCUGUUGGCCAUCUACCGGCAGGUGCACGUAGCAGUUCACGAUCCCUCGAACGGAUAUGACAGUCCCCAGCUGAUAUUCGACAAGGCUCCUGAGGAGCUGGAAAAGGCUCUGCUGUGA